AAUGAAACUCCUCACCACCCUGUCCGUCGUCCUCCUGCUUUCCAGUCUCGCAUCCGCAUUCGCAUCCGCACCCAUGGUCGAGUCCGUUCGCCCAGUCGACCCCGAGCUCAGGAUCCAGCAGCUCCAGCAGCAGAUCCGGGACAUGGAUACCAAAAUCAUCCACCAGCUCCAAAUCAACGCCAAGUAUGCCUCGUCUUGGGCUGUCCGGCCCGGAGGCAUGUUCCGAGGCGAAGAGGCCAAUACCGGCGGCAUCCCGCGGAACGUCGAGGGAGAGCAGCGCCUCCAGCAGCUUCAGGAAGCCAAGCAGCAGCUCGAAAGCGAGCUCGCUGCCCUGCGAUAGCCCCGCUUGUCCUCACAUAUGAACGAAAUGUCCUGAAUGUCGUCGUCAUUGUUUUGGUGUGAAUACACACGAUAAGCCAUGCACAGUUACCAUCUGCCCAUGGAGGCAUGGCCUUUGCCCUG